UAGGUCACUGCAAUAAAUGAACCAAAAAAGUUAUUGUGUUCCAAUUAAAUUAUUUUAUGUUUAUCGUUGCAAAUAAUUGUACUGUGAAAAAUGUGCCAUUGAGUCAUGAUAUUUCACUUAGUUCCAAUAGAAAUUAGUAUAAUAUUAAAUGGUCUGAAAUAGUUUGAAAUGUUCACCAUUGGAAUUCCACUGCUAACCUGAUUACCUAAUGAUCUAGAAUGUAAACUUUCUUUGAUGUGAUGCUUGAAUACACUGGCCUCCACUGGCUUUCAAAAUGUAUACGUCUCAGCUUGGAAACUAGGUCCACGACUUUUAGACCCAAAUAGAAACUAAGAGGGAGCACAUUUGUAAGUGAAUUUCUCCAUAAAUAACUCUUUGUAUGAAGAGAUGUGUGGAACACACUAUCCAACCAUGUUGUUGAAGCUGAAGCCACUGCUGUCUCUCAAGAAUCAGAACCAACAAACUUGGAUGGUGAACGUGGUGUUUCUCCACCCAGACCUGGGGAUCGGGGGUGCAGAGCGUCUGGUGGUGGACGCUGCCCUGGCCCUGCGCUCCAGGGGAUGUGGGGUGCAGCUGUGGACCGCCCACUACGACCCCCAGCACUGCUUCUCUGAGACCAGGGAUCUGCCCGUGGUCUGUGUGGGGGACUGGCUGCCCACCAGCAUCUGUGGGUACUUCCACGCCCUCUGUGCCUACAUCCGCAUGAUCUACGUGGCACUGUACCUCGUCUUCCUCAGUGGGGUGGAGUUUGAUGUGGUGUUCUGUGACCAGGUAUCGGCUUGCAUUCCUGUGCUGCGACUGGCAAGGCGGCGGAAGAAGGUGCUGUUCUACUGCCACUUCCCCGACCAGCUCCUGACGCAGCGCCGCUCUGCGCUGAAGAGGCUGUACCGCGCCCCCAUCGACCGUCUAGAGGAGGUCACCACAGGCAUGGCCGACUGCGUGCUGGUCAACAGCCGCUUCACCGCGGGGGUCUUCAGACGCACCUUCAGGAGCUUAUCCGAGGUGCACCCCGACAUCCUCUACCCUUCCCUGAACUCGGUCCUCUUUGACGCAGAGCCCGAGGAGCUGGGACACCUGAUCCCUGACAGCAAGACCUGGGUGUUCCUGUCCAUCAACCGUUAUGAACGCAAGAAGAACCUCCCCCUGGCUCUGGAAGCUCUGAAGGAGCUGCAGGGCAGGCUGACCUCAGAGCAGGGGAGGCGGGUCCACCUGGUGAUGGCUGGGGGCUACGAUGAGAGGGUACAGGAGAACGUGGAACACUACGAGGAGCUGAAGACCCUCUCCUCUCGCUUGGAGCUUUCGGGAUGUGUCACCUUCCUGCGCUCCUUCUCCGACCAGCAGAAGAUCUCGCUGCUCCACCACAGCACGUGUGUGCUGUACACUCCCAGCAACGAACACUUCGGCAUCGUGCCUGUAGAGGCCAUGUAUAUGCGCUGCCCUGUCAUUGCCGUGAACUCAGGGGGGCCACUGGAGUCCAUUGCACAUGGGGAAACGGGCUUCCUGUGUGAGCCACAAGCACAGAGCUUCGCUGAUGCUAUGGAGAAGUUCGUUAGGGAUCCGAGACUCCGGCAGGAACUGGGUGAGGCUGGGAGACAGCGUGUCUUAAAGCAGUUUUCUUUGGAGGCCUUUGCAGAUCAGCUUCAUACAUACAUACUGAGACUUGUGGUAUGAGGUCACAACUAGCAAGCAGUCCCCCUGGUUUAGCUAUCCAGGUGUUCUACAGAACGCAGAAUUCCAGAGGUCCUGGUGUGGCAGGAUCAUAAGCACCAGUUGUCUGCGGACAUGAACUUUACUGUUAAAUCUUUGUACAGGUUUAAGAGGUAAUGAAGCAAUCAUGACUACUGGGUAGGAUCUGUACUUUACGCUAAGAGCAAUGCACUGUGUAACACUGUUGUGGAUGUUUUAGAAAUUUCACAUCUGCUAUCAAAAGGUAAAAAUCGAUAUUUUUAUUGUAUUUCCUCAUGAUAUGGAGUAUAUUUCCCCAGAACAUGUGCAUGGAAGAACAUGUGUAUGUCCAAGAAGAGCUGACCCUAUCUUUGUUUUACAGAAGAGCCACUGAUGCUUCUUUUGUAAAUCCCACAAUAAAUUUUGAAGCAGA